AUCGUCAUGGUGCUGGCGCUCAUCAUCGCCAUCCCCUUGCUAGUGCAAAGUACCAAGACCGACGCGCACUACGAGAUGAUGGGCACCUGUCGGAUGAUCUGUGACCCGUACAGCCCCAAACCGAGCGCGAGCGCCGUGGAGGUCAUGCAGGAGCUCAGCGCCGUCCCCUCGCCCGCACUGGUGCAAGGAACUAAAGGCGUGGUGGGUCGGCCGGGUAGACCUGGACCGAGGGGUCCGCCUGGCGAGCCGGGUCCACCCGGUCCUCGAGGGCCACCUGGUGACCGGGGGGACUCCGGGAGACCGGGUUACCCUCGGGUAAUAUCGGGCACGGCUCGGACAGAGACCGGAGCAGAUAUAGGCUCGGUUAUUGGAGAUAACGCCAAGAUCGCAUUUUACGUGGGUCUGAAAAAUCCUCACGAGGGUUACGAGGUGCUGAGGUUCGACGACGUGGUUACGAACCUGGGGAACCACUACGACCCGACUACCGGGAAGUUCACGUGCCAAGUUUCCGGGAUCUAUUACUUCACUUAUCACGUUCUGAUGCGCGGUGGCGACGGCACGAGCAUGUGGGCAGACCUAUGCAAGAACGGACAGGUCCGCGCCAGUGCCAUUGCUCAGGACGCAGACCAGAACUACGACUACGCCAGCAACAGCGUGGUCCUCAAUCUAGACUCCGGGGACGAGAUCUACGUGAAGCUGGACGGGGGCAAGGCACACGGCGGGAACAACAACAAGUACAGCACUUUCUCCGGCUUCCUUUUGUACCCGGACUAA